UACUUCAGAGGGCGCAUGCGGCAACCUUGGUUUUGCUCUCGCGAGGUUUCGUCUUCCCGGAAGCGGCGGAGGACCGUCCUCGAGAACGGCGUCGGGAUGUGUGGGGGCUGUGUGGAGAAGGAGUACCCGAAUCGGGGUAACAUCUGCCUGGAAAAUGGAUCUUUCUUGCUGAACUUUACAGGCUGUGCAGUGUGCAGUAAGCGGGAUUUUAUGCUGAUCACCAACAAAUCUUUGAAAGAGGAAGAUGGAGAAGAAAUAGUUACCUAUGAUCAUCUGUGUAAGAAUUGUCAUCAUGUAAUAGCCAGGCACGAGUACACAUUCAGUAUCAUGGAUGAAUUUCAGGGGGCUCAGCCAGGCUGAAGAGAUGAAGUUUGUUUUGGAAAGUCUUCCAGUGAGUGGUGCUGCUUCUGCCGGAGAGCUGCUCUGCCCUUGCCCCUCUGCAGUGGCACCGACGCCCACACUGUGUCCUCCACUCUGCCUCCUUGGGUUCGUGAGGAGGCCGUCAGUCGUGGCCGGGUGAUGGUGAGGAGCCACAGAGCAGGUGAGUGACCCCCAGGGCAUGAGCUACACCUGCCUCCUCUCAGACAAAGGCUCAGUCCCCAAGACUUCUCCUGACAGGCUUGUGCUGCUCAUCCUCCCCAUCCCACCCCAGAAGGUAACGUGCAGGUAGUCAAAGCUUUGAUGGUUCUAAACCCAGCUGACCUGCCCAGGUUUUCAGCACCAGCCGUGCAGCAUACCGUGGCCCAUCUGAGGACCCAAGAGAAGGCCUAGUGCUUCACUUCAUUAUUCCAAGCACCCAGCAUCUCAAAUAAAUCCGAUUAAAAAAAAAAUUAAAAAGUCU